UUUUCUGAAUUAAGGGGAUCAGAUACUUUAUUUAAAAAAAAAUAAAGAAAAAGUGGAAUAAAAUUACUGGAGGCAUUAUUAAUUAGCAUUAUAAAAUUAUGAUAUCUUGGCAGGAUGGACAACGCAUGACAAAUGGGCAGAGCUUCCGCUCCCAAUCGUCCACACGACGCAGUCGGGCUGCAGCUAUACAUAACCAAUCAGAACGGAGACGUAGGGACAGGAUCAAUGAGAAGAUGAAGACUCUUCAGAAGUUGGUCCCUAACGCGAGUAAGACUGACAAAGCGUCGAUGUUGGAUGAGGUGAUUGAGUACCUAAAGCAACUGCAAGCACAAGUUCAGAUGAUGAGCAGUGCAAGAAACAUGCCCCAAAUGAUUGUGCCUUUGGGAAUGCAGCAACAACUUCAAAUGGCUCUAUUGGCGCGCAUGGGAAUAGGAAUGGGAAUGGGCAUGGGAAUGGGGAUGUCCGGAAUGGGGAUGGGAAUGCUUGAUGUCAACAAUUUGGCCCAGAACCUGCCCCGUUCCGUUCCUCCCUUCAUCCAUGCGGCCGCCGCCAGCCCUCUUGGCGGCACCACCACGGCAUCCUUCGUGUCGCCGCCCUUUGCCAUGCCUCCGAUGGUUCCUUCUCCUCCUCCAGCGACGGCUCCGUUGAAAGCCAAUGUUGAUGCUGCCCACGUCAAUGCAUCCGUGCCUAAUUUUAACGAUGCCUACAACACAUUUCUCACACAACAAUCCAUGAACAUGGAUUUGUUCAACAAAAUGGCAGCUGCCCUCUACAGAUCACAACAGCCCAACCAACCACUCACCUCCUCACACUCACACCCAAACGAUGCUGCAGCAGAUUGACAACAACAGCAAUAAUAUAUGCUUAAUUUUAGCCAAUAUUGCAAGUUGUAUCGAAAUAUUGACCUUUAUAUAUAUAUAUGGGUGGGGUGAGAAUUCAACGGGUAGGGUCGUCUGUAUUCGGGUUGUUGUUAUAUGUGGGUGGAGUUCAAACUAAAUUUAUUUAUGUAUGUAGAUUAUUUGUUGUUUAGGAAAAAAUAAAAUAUUGGACUUUGUAAUAGGUGAAUAGGGAUUUGUAAAACAGAUUGUAUUUGCGUGGUUGAAUGUUUGGUAGCAUUUUUGCAUUAAAA